AAGGUGCUAGUGUGUAUGAUAAUAGUGAAUAUAUGCAGUGAAAUUGAUGAAUGAGUUGAAAAACUUACAUAGUUUUAGUUUUAACAAUCAACGAAAAUACUGUAAAAAUGAGUGUUGGUCAGACUGUGAUAUCAACGAACAAAAAACAGAAAAAAAGGGAAAGAUUGCGAGUUGGUGAACCUGGAUUCGAAUCUCCAGACGGUGGUUGGGCCUGGUUGAUUUUGGUAGCCUGUGGCAUAAGUAACUUAGUUUCAUUCCCGAUUUUUCAACAAUAUGGACUAGUAUUUAAGGAAAAAUUCAAGACUCAAGGAAUAUCUUCCACAGAAAUUGUGACUAUCAUAAAUACAUGUAUAGCUUUCAAUACCGGAGCAGGUUUACUGAAUGGGCCAGUAUUCAAAAGAUUUACCACCAGAAAAGUGGGGAUUUUUAGUGCAGUGCUAUUGGUGGGAUGCUUGAUAAUGUGUGCAUUCUGUCGCUCUUUCUGGAUGUACAUCAUAUUCUUCUCCAUCGGAUAUGGCGGUGCAUUCGGUCUACUCGAAUCGGCGAACGCGUUGGCCAUGAACACCUAUUUCGGGAAAAAAAGGCGAAUAGCGACAGGACUGUCAUGGACGAUAACGGCCGUAGGUCCUGUAGUGUGUCCCUACAUAGUCAUCGCCCUUAUGAGCAAAUUCGGCAUGGAAGGCACCAUUUUGUUAUUCAGCGGCGUUUCCAUGCAUUCACUGGUCUGCUCGUUGCUGCUGCAGCCAGUCCAUUGGCACACAAAAUUCAGGGAUGAAGCUACCGGAAGCAAACUGCUGACCUUUCCUUCCAAGCAAGACAGUGGUAAACUAUCCAGAAUCAGCAGCGCCAUAUUUCAAAGUCAGUAUUUGGAAAAUGACACUGGAGCAUUCACUUCCGAAUCUCCCAUGAUGCUAGUAGGCUCCAAACUAUCCUUAACCUCAGAACACGAGAACAAACCUAGGAACCGAUCCAACUCAACGUUGAAACAUCCCAAUCACCAUGGCAACGAAGACAGAGAGCGAAAAUCAUCAGUCAUCCAAUCACCCAUAUCGGAAACCCAAGAAAAAACUGCAGUUGACAUAGAAGAAGAGAAAGAGACAGACACGAUGCUAGAGAAGCCUGAAAAGCAACCUUUGGGGUUCUGGCAGCAAAUCAUCCAAGACUUUGACUUCGCUCUACUCAAAGACCCAGUCUAUGUAAACUUGAUGCUUGGACUGACGAUGACCAACUUCGUAGAGCUGAACUUCGGUUUGCUCACGCCGGUCAUAAUGGCGGAGUUGAACUUCCAACACCACCAAAUAGCCAUAUUCAUGUCUCUGUUGGCUGGAUUCGAUAUACUGUUCAGGUUCUUGGUGUCCAUCGUGGCUGAUAAGGUCAAGAUCAGCAACAGGAACUUCUAUUUGCUCGGCAUCACUGUGAUGAUGAUUGGACGAACAGUAUUCAUGCACACACAUACCUACACGAUGAGUUUGGUAGCUGCAGCUAUAAUAGGUAGUGGGAAAGCAUUGAGAACCAUUUUCCUGAUUCUCGUGAUACCUUCUCAUGUACCUUUGGAGAGGUUGCCAGCUGCCUAUGGACUGCAGUAUGCCUUCAGUCUUUUGUUUUUCGUUAUUGGAGGACCAAUAGCAGGAUGGAUUCGAGAGACUGUUGGUAAUUAUUUCAUUCAAAUACACAUGCUGAAUAUUUUGACCUACGCUACUAUAAUAAGCUGGUUAUUAGAAGGACGAAUCAGCACUUAUUUGAAGAAUAAAAAAUUGAGAAAAAAUGAGACUAAUCCAACGUAGAUUUUUCAAUGUAUGUUACUUAAUGAGAUGUAUUAUUUAGACUUACUAAAUAUUAUUUUAGUAU